UCUCACUGCUCAAAGGUCGUCCUGCUCAGGAUUAUGCAUCAGCCCCUGAUGGACUGCGAGGCCCUGAAGGAGAAGCUGGACGCCACUCUGGAGGACAUGAAGCAACCCCUCGACCUGCUGGAGGAGAAAUUCCUCCAGGACAAGCCCUUCAUCAUCGGGAACAAGAUCUGUCUGGCUGAUCUGGUGGAGAUGAUGCAGCCUCUGGGCGUCGGCGUGGAUCCGUUCCAAGGCCGGCCGAAGCUGACGGCCUGGAGGGGUCGAGUGAAGAAGCAGCUGGGAGUGAAGCUGGUGGACCAGGCCCACGAGGCGCUGCUGGACCUCAGCGGCCUGCAGCAGAAGAUGCAGAACAACACCGAGCUCCAGAAGCUCAAACCCGUGUUCCUCAAGUAUUUCCACUGAGAAAAUGGAGAUAAAAAUCUGAUGUCUGGCUGUUUGAGCAGAAAAGUCGUUUAAUCUGAAGGACUGAGAAAGAACUGAACCAUCAUCCUGUUA